GUGGUGGUUUGCAACUGCGUCGCGGACCUGCACGAGUACAUAGACCGGAACCAGCUGACGGAGGACCUGGACGGCUGCAUCCCCUACAACCACGACGAGUGGAUUGAGCAGAGAGUGCGCCGCCCCGGCUACCACCGCUUCUACAAUGAGCAACUCUUUUCCCGACAGAUCCAGCACGCCGUGGCCACUCUCAAGCAGGCAGUGGAGAAGUUCAGCGCCAACACGCAGGAGAUCAGUGCCUCCUUGAGAGCUUUCACACAGAAGUUGCAGGAGACGGAGUUCCCCAAUGAUGUUACCUCCACUGAGGAGCUGCUCCAGUCUCAAACUUCUGAAUACAAUGCACUGAAAGAUGACCUGUUGUCGGCCUCCCGCCAUGGAGAAACUCUACUCAACUGUAUUAAGCGCCCUGGGGAGCCUCGCACAGCCCGUCUGUGUCCCGACAAGUUGAUCAAUGUUACAGCAGUAGAACGGCUGUUGGUGCAGCUGGAAGAGACUGAAAGAACCUUUGAUGAGUUCUGGACUCGACACGAGGGACGGCUCACACAGUGCCUCCAGCUGAGACGCUUUGAGACCGAUUUUAGGGAGCUGCAACAAUGCCUGGAAAUUUCACUAAAGCAGUUGUCUGCAAUGUCAGAGAUUGGGGAUUCAGUGCACCAUGUCGACCAGCUGUUGGCAGAAGCUCAGGAUUUCCAUAUGAUGACUGCGGACCAGCUGGAAAAAGCAGAGGAGCUACGCAUCAUCGGCACACAGUUGAUUGAAAGUCAGCAUUACGCCGUAGACUCCAUUCAGCCAAAGUGCGUAGAGCUAGUAAGGAUGAGGGAUGCUUUCCACGACCGCAUAACAAACAGACUGGAGACGUUACACAAGUGCCGAGACUUACAAGAGCGCAUUGAACAGGCUAAUAAGUGGUGCACAGAAGGUGUAGAACUCUUAGCCUCACAGCAAAUAGAGCGAUGUCAAGCCCCGGAAUUUGCCGAGGAAGCUCUAAGGGAGUUGGAUGAAUUUUUGGCUUCCUCUGAGUACAGUCGGCUCGGUACCACACGCGAACUUAGGACCAUGUUUGAGGAUGUCAUCACCCCUGAAACCAAGGGCUUAGUGCAACAGGUACUGAAACGUAUAGAAGAUGUACAAAUGAUGUGUGAAAAGCGAAAGAGUUCCUUAAAGAAGUUGGCCACUCGUCUGCCUCGACCCGUGCAUGCUGUGACACCAGAGCCCGCAGUCCCACUCCACUACCCACAAGGGCAUGCCAAUGUUCACCCACACUCUCACCCAGCAUCUCCCCUCCAUGCGGACCUCCCUAAAAGUCCCAAAAGCAUGAGGAAAGCAUCAACUUUACCCAAGCUUGGUGACAGUGGAGAUUCUCCUGACUGGGUUGGUGAUGCAGAAGCUGCACGUGCUAAGCGAGGCCACGUCCUCCGUGAGCUUCUAGAUACAGAGAGAAUCUAUGUGUCAGAACUCUGCUCUAUUCUCAAGGGCUACAAGGAUGAAAUGCUAAACCCAGAAAUGCAGCCUCUUAUCCCCAUCAACCUAUAUGGCAAGAGUGAUAUUCUCUUUGGCAACAUGGAGGAUAUCUUCCGCUUCCAUAAUGACGUCUUCCUGCGGGAUUUGGAGAACUGCAUUAAUACGCCAGAGCUGAUUGGUCUUUGUUUUGUCCAGAGGAAGGAUACAUUCCAUCGGUUGUACUCACUGUACUGCCAGAAUAAGCCUCAAAGUGAAGAACUGCGUCGGCAAGUAGGUGAUCAAAACCCAUUUUUCAAAGAGUGUCAGCGUCGUCUCCAUCACAAACUGCCACUUGGUGCCUACCUUCUGAAGCCUGUGCAGCGCAUCACAAAGUAUCAGCUCCUGUUGAAGGACUUACUGAAAUGCGUAGAAGGUAGCCAAGGUCGCCGGGAGUUGCAGGAGGCGGUCGACACAAUGCUCACAGUCCUCAAGUGCCUCAAUGACUCCAUGCAUCAGGUUGCCAUCACAGGAUUCCCAGGCAAUCUGGCCGACCUGGGGAAGCUGCUCAUGCAAGGCCCCUUCAGUGUGUGGAAUGACAGCAAAAAGGGACUUCGCGAGCUCCGUCUGAAGCCAGCACAAAGACACAUUUUCCUCUAUGAAAAGAUGCUACUUUUCACCAAGAGAACUGGCAAAGAUACAGAUCGUGCCACGUAUCACUUCAAAAAUGCCCUGAAGAUGUCACAGGUUGGUUUAACAGAGAGUGUCCGAGGCCAUAAGGGCGACGUCCGAAAGUUUGAGGUCUGGCUUCAGGGACGGCAGGAGGUCCACACCAUCCUGGCUCCAUCGUCAGAAGUCAAGGACCUGUGGGUGAAGGAGAUAAAGCGGGUCCUGCUUGACCAGUUUGAAUAUCUCAAGGGAGAAAAUAUCAAGCAGUACUCGGCUAGAAUACAGAAGGGUGCCAGUCUUAAUGGCAUUCGAAUUCCUCCUCUGUCACCCACAACUCAACACAGGGCUCUGCGACAGACGGCAUCAUGGGACAUAGCAGGCAAUGGUGUGACUGGCAGUGGUGGGUCUAUCAGUUCUAGCAGCUCUGAGGGCCGCCCUGGAGGCGAGCCGAGUCGGGAAAUUGGCAAACGCUCUCUGCGGAUAAAGUCCGCAGAUGCCACUCUUGGAGAUGCUCCAGAAGAGGAAGAGGAGAGCUGGUCAUCAGAUUACUCUGCUUCUGAUGAGGAAGAGGAUCAAGAAACCUUCUCAGAGAGCACAGAGUACACCUCAUCUCGGUUCCUUGUCUUGGCUGACUACAAUGCCAUGGGAGGAUCUGAAGUCAGCCUGCGUGAGGGAGACUACGUAGACUUGAUCAAAGUUGGGUGCGCUGGCUGGUGGUACGUCCGGGUUUCUGGGACGCCAUACGAAGGAUGGGCUCCAGCUGCCUACUUAGAGCGGGUCCUCAAAAAGGGCAGCAGAUCGUCACCGUCAGUCAGUAGUCAAGAAUCCUCCUCAGGACUGAAGCAUGCAACGUCAAAGUCAUCAGUUGCUUCACUAUCAGCCAAAUCUGAGGAAGUGAAUAUAAUGUAAAUAGAAUGGAAUACCAAUGAUACUAUAAUGCCUUAAGGCUGUAUUAGUCCAGAAACAAAACAUAGAAUGUUAUGGUGGUCUAUAAUGGCUGGGAGAAUCAUUGUGCUAUUCCUUCUGGGUAAAAAAUGUAUAAAAUGUUGCUUUUGUUGAAUGCCAUGUGAAAAGACAUUGCCCUCAUAGGACCUCCCGGAACUGUGCUGAUGUGACGAGCGAACACAUGAAGAAGUGUCUUCACAUCAAUAUAUGAAUGACAUGGACAGUGUGUAUGGUAACAUGACUCCUAGAACAGUGUGUAACCUCUUAACAUCACCUGACCUAGAAUGCCUCCUGUAAUGCCUGCAUAAAGAUAAGAAAACUUGAACAGUUCAAGCGCAAGCAUUCUUUGCAGGUAGGAUAUAUAACAAAUUCAUGGACUUCCAUUCAUAUUAUAUUAACCAAAGUAAAUCAUCCUAGAGAUACAUUAAGUCUAACAGUUUCUCACUCCUUGGCAUAUUCUCUCUUCUAUUCCUAAAUUCAGUGCAAUAUCACUGCUUUAUAUCAUGUCCUACUAUAUAAGUAAGUACCAUAUGUAAACAUAAAUGAAAAUGUAUGGUCUCUUGUUUCUCAGAUCUACUAAUACCUCUUGGGCAACUUUCUGAAUGGGAAUAUGAAUGUUCCAGGCAUCAUGGAUACUCUUGUUACAAAGAUGUAAUACAUUACACAAAUACAUCACUUGUAGAUUGUAAAAUAAAAUCUAGUAUCUCCCUAGUAUGAGGGUAACUAGUGGGCUUUACUCUUCAAGCAUAUAUAUGCCCUUUUGACUCUUGAUUCAAUCUCUGCCUCUAAUGGAUGUACAGGUUAUCAUGUACUAUCUACUUAUUUUUUUUCUAACUUAUAGAAAUCUUUCAUCCUGAUAUUUACUAUGUACUUUUGCCUAACACUUGUACCUAUCUUUCUUCCCCUAGAUACGUUGCCAUCUUGUAUUAACCUCAUUAUUUGAUGAGAUCCUCUUAUUCUAUCACUCUUUUAUCAUUACUUCUUGUGUAGAUUUAUAUGCCAUGGUAAUUUUGCAUUAUUAUGCCCAUCUGUAUACCUUGCCUGUCGACUUUACUCAACUUAUAGCGGCUUUUUACUCCGCUCUGCCCACUUGUGAUCAUGUGCCUCACGUACUGGUAGAAGUAGAAAUAGAGGUCUGAGUGCCAGCUCCAAUGUUGCCUUGUGAGGCAAAUGUGGCUUUGUCUAUACAAGUACUGCCAAGAACUUAUAGUACUUAUCGAGUCUUACUGAUAAGGCAAAGCAUCAGGAGUAGUUCUCAUCAGUUCCUCCUGAUACAACAUUAAAAAUCCCUCAUUUGGAGUUAUGGGUGUUGGAAAUCAUUGAGAGAGAUUGAAUGUGAUAGCUUAGAGUUUUCAUACUCUUUGGAAUUUAGCAAAGCAGGUAAAGGGAAGUUGUGUAUAUGUAGCCUGUAAAACUUCCCUUUUUCUUCUCUUUUUGAGAGGAACAAAACAAAGAGGUAGGAGUAAAUGCAUUUAUUAUUGAUUUGAUUCAAAGGGUAACAAAAUGAAAGAUUUUGAAUGGUACUACUGAGAACAACAAAUUACUGUACAUGUUCUAAAUUUCCUGUUAGUUCUGCGGACAUUAGGAAUAGAAUGUGUGAAAGGGUCUCUUUUUCUCCCAUAUGUGGGACUGAGAGAAUGGUGGUUUGUAUGGAAUACAAAUGACUAUCAUAUGGGAAACUGUAGAGGCCAGAUCAGCUGGAAAUGCUGGGCUUGUACGAGAGAAAGAGGUAGUGUAGUGGGCCUUCUAAUUUUUUGCAUAAUGGUCAUUGAAAAGUGAAACUAUAUUGCAUAUAUCGAUCAUCUACAAAAAGCUGGAAGAUAUAUGUGAAUUCCAAAAUAUUAUGGGUUCAUAAGCUCAACUUUUAUAUACUUUGAAAAAAGUUCAUUUAAUGCUAUUCUGUAUUCUAGUCAUUUUUUUAAACUUUGCAUAUUAAUGAUGAUACGGCAUCAGUACAAAUUUAUAGGCACAGAGUGACCAAGAGGCCUUGACUGUAUCCCAUGUGAUAGUAUUUAUGUAAAACUGUUGAACCCUGAAAUCCCAGUGAGUGUUGGGCAGUACAAAAUUCAUACAGUGGAGGGAGACUGUGUUCAUAAACAUUUUUUGUGAUAAAGUAGACACCAGAAUCUUUUAGUGUGAACAUUCUCGGCUGCAGGCCAUUCGAGAAGGCUGGUAAUGGUAAUGCAGGGUCGAAAAAAGGCUGCUUGAUCCACAUCGCAUAUGAUGAGCCAUUGCAUGAUAAGACUUUGUACACAGCCUGUAAGGUAAGUGCCAAUGGUGUAAGCAACACUUUGCUUUAGAAGGCUAGCGAAGCAAGCAGUGCAGGCAGCACAAGAUGAUGCUGACUGUAGGUCAUAAAGCAGAAAAUAAUGGGCAGUGCAGGCUCACACUAUCUGCAGGCCCAGCACUUACAAUCUCCAAAGUGACUUACCAACUCCUUUUGUACAUUCAUAUGUUGUAGACAUCAAUAAUCCAGUUGAAGAUGUUGUUGAAUGGUGCUUUUAGCUCUGCAUGUACUAGCAACCGUGUGUUUCAUGUAUGGUGUACAUUGCAGUUAGAUUGUGAUCUAUAUAGAUCUUUUCUCAUCCAAAGAUUAAUUUUCAUGUACAGUAUAAUUAUAUAUAAUAUAUGGAUGUGUGUUACUUAUAAAUUCGUAAAAUGAAGACAAUUUAUUGAAAAAGAUACUAAUAUGUGUUCGCUGCCCCUUCUUCCAGAGAGCGAACGAGCCUCCGUAACUCCUUACGUUCACCUUUCCAGGUGUUAAAAAACAUUCCAUAUAUAUGAUAUACAUUUACUGCAUAUAACAAAUGUAUGUAUAUCCUGUACAUAAUGGCUAAUCAUCCACUAUUCCUCAUAGCCAAGAAAUGUUUGGUUGGAAUAUGCGCUAGUGAGGCGGUAUUCUGAUAGUCUUAUGUGUUACCUGCAAAGACCUUGGUUAUAUUUCAUUUGUAACUAGGUGGUUAUUCAUCAUUCAUUCUAAAUAUUCUCAUUGUUAUGUAUCCAUCGUCAUGGUUAAGUUAAUUACAUAUCAUAAUCAACUGUUCAUUGAUUUUUUUUUUUUGUCAUAGGGAAAAAAAAAAUUUAUUUGGAAAUAGUUCAUGCAAGUUGUUUUGUUUUAUUUUCUUGUUAAAUGUAUUCCCCUUUUCGACUCUCUAUAAUCUUUCAAAACACCAAAUAUAAUAAAAAGGUCUAGACAA